AUGUCAACACUGUGCUUAAACUUCUUAUUUGUAGUGAAAGGACUUAUUGAUCUUUUCAUUGAGUUUCCUCUCUCACUUGGGCUUAAACCAAGUUUCCUUUAUCUGAUACUAAAAGCUGAAGUGUCCGCUCCAUCAGCUGCAGAGAAAAUGGCAAGAGGACCUAAGAAGCAUCAAAAGAGAAUCGCAGCUCCAUCCCACUGGAUGUUGAACAAAUUAGGAGGAGUUUACGCCACCAGAGCUGGUACUGGACCCCACAGAAGAAGGGAAAGCAUCCCCCUCUCAGUUCUCCUUAGAAAUAGAUUGAGAUAUGCAAUUUCUCGUCAAGAGGCUAUUAAGAUCGUUAAAGACAAGGAAGGUCUCAUUAAGAUCGACAACAAGAUCAGAAGAGAUCCAAAGUACCCACUCGGUAUUAUGGACGUCGUCACCAUUGAGAGAACCGGUGAGUUCUUCAGAAUCCUCUACGACGUGAAAGGUAGAUAUCAAGCUCACAAGAUCGACGCUAAGGAAGCUCAAUUCAAGCUCUGCAGUAUCAAGAGAAAGGCUCUCGGCCCCAACAAAGUUCCAUACGUCGUUACCCAUGACGGUAGAACACUCAGAUUCCCUCACCCAGAUAUCAAGAAGCACGACUCAGUCAAGUUGAAUCUCGAGAGCGGAGAAGUUGAAGGACUCAUUAAAUUCGAAAACGGAGCUCAAGUUUUGAUCAUCGGUGGUAACAACAUCGGAAGAGUCGGUGUUCUCCAACACAUCGAAAAGCAUCCAUCAUCCUUCGAUAUUGCCCACGUCAAGGACGGCAACGGACACCACUUCGCUACCAGAGUUAGCAACAUCUUCGUUAUUGGAGAAGGAAAGAAGUCAGUCAUCUCCCUCCUCCCCCAAAAGGGAAUCAAGCUCAGCCUCAUCGACGAGAGAAACGCCAGACUCCACCACCAAGCCGAGGAAUGA